GACGCAACUGCAUGCGACCUGCGGCUGCUCGGUCGCGCUGCAGAUAGCAGCGCCCGAGCGGAGGAGCGCAGCCCUCGCGACGGGCGGCAAAUCGCCAAGUGCGCUAAAGCGGCGCGCGCGCAGGGUUUAGCUUCGUCGGCGGGAGACAACCCUCUCCGAGGCCGAUUAUCUCUCGGCGUCGAGAGAGCACGGAGGGCGGCGCAACGCCUCCAAUCGCCCACUUGCUAUCUCUUCUCCGUUUUUCUUUGUUCCUUCUUUGACGGCGAGGUGAGUGGACGGACGGGCCAGCAUAGGAACGUUUGUAGCAGACGAGCGCCGACGACGUGCGUGGCAGGAAAGACCUUCAGAGAAGCCGGGCACAUCGUGCGUCUGCAACUGCUACGAGUAAAGCUACCGCUACCAGCCGCGCGCGGCGUGCUCUUCCGCGCCGCGCGAGCGAAUGUCGGCGUCGCCGUUCCAUCUCUGGUGCACCUGCAGGAUUACAAAACCAGGGUGGAAAAAAACAAACACAUCUGCCGAGUCGAGGAGAGUCGCCGAUUGCGGCGCGCGCCUUGGUGCGCCUGGAUGCGCGGCUGCAAACCGGGAAGUAGCCUUGUAGCGAGCAGUCGGCUUCGGCGACUCGCUGCUUGCACUCGCGGUGUGCGUGAUACGCGGUCGGAGCGCCGGUGCAAAAGCCAUGGGCCCGCAUUGUCAGGAUUGUGACGUGGAGCAGCGCCGACUACUGCGACUACCUAAGUGUGCGUGCGUGUGUGCCGCGUGAGCGGGCUGAUGGCGACGCUGCGCGGUCAACGCGCGUGCGCGGAGGGCUCCGGGUGCCGGUGGACAUGGCACGGUGCCCCGUUUCCGGCCGUGCUGGAGCUACUGCUGCUGCUGCUGCUCGAGCCGGUCUCGCUGGUCGUUGCGCCGCGGACCGUGCCAACGACCACCGACGACGGAUCGCCGACUGCCCUGCCGCCCUGCGACGUCGACGGAGUGGCUUCGCGGGACGUGACGCUCAAGAACGGGUCAGAGUUCCAGAUGACGUGCACGCUCACUAGGUGGCCUUCGGAGCAGAAAUUCCAGAUGGGAAUCCUGCGCUCGCGCAAUCACCUGGUGCCUAAAUCGGAGACGCGGCUGAACAACGCCACCAGCGUCACCUGGACGAGACCCCACGUGACGGACGCCGAUGCGGGCACCUACUACUGCAUCGUCAGGGGAGGGGCCUGCGAGUCGGUGUACAACGCUACUGGCCUCGUUGUCGGUUACUUCCCGCAGAUGCCUCCUGCCCCUACGUGCUCGGGAGACAAGUUUGAAACAUUCCAGUGUACCUGGGAGACUCCGGACAACCGGGUCGAGACACGGUACGCCGUCAGCCUGCGAGUUGGGCCGACGACAGUGUUCAGCCGCAUCGAGUGUAACAAAACCGUAGGCAUCGAGCCACGAAAUUUAACAUGUCAGCUGAAGACAUCGGGAAGGCUCAUCUACCGGAUCGAAGAAGAGGUCCUCCGCUUCGAGGUCGUAGGAAGCAACAUGUUUGGCGCUAAGCAAUGGGAAUACGUUGUGGACCACUUCGCCAAUGUGGUGCUCGAACCCCCGAAGCGCGUGUAUUGCAAUGCCAUGGCGUUCAAUGCCAGCGUGAACUGGACGAGUUUGCCUCGUAUAUCGACGUUUCCCGACGUCGUGUAUGAAGUGAGCGUAAAACAGGACAACGGCGAAGACAUCUUGAUAUCGGUUCAAAACAGGCACGCCGCCACUGUCGAGGAGCUCAUACCGAACACGCGGUACGAGUUCUCAGUGAGGGUCAAGUUCGCUAAGGCCACUGACAAAGUGUGGAGCCCUUUCAGCCACAGUCGCUACUGCAAGACCGACAAAACACGACCGACAGUGUUGCCCAAAGUGGCUGACAACAGCUUCAUCAUCCAGGACCUCGACGACCGCCGGAAAGUUCGACUUUACUAUCAGCGAGUGCCCAAGUUUCUGUGGAACGGCGACCACAUGAGCUACGUGCUGCACUGGUGCAGCAGCAGCGGCGACUGCGGCUCGCACAGGGUGUCCGGCGAGCGCUCCUACGCGGACCUGUUCAACCUGAGCCGCGUGGAGAGCUACACCUUCCACCUGUACUCGGAGAACGAGCUGGGCCGCUCGCACGUGGGCGUCCGCGUGCUCGUGCCCAGCGCCGACCUCCUCCUGCCACCGGUGCAACACGCCUACAUCAGCGAAGGGAGAGACUCUGCGUCUCGCUUCUCUCUCGCCAAGUGGGAGAAGAGGUGGUCCGACCAGGUGCACCACUACACGCUGUUCUGGUGCAGCCAGGACGGCAAGGACGCGGAGUCCUGCGCCGGCGACGUGUCCUGGGCGACGGUGAAGUCGGCCGGAGACGUCAUGACUGCGGUCGGCUGCGCGUUCGCGGGAAUGUGCAGGUACGGCGUCGCUACUCGAUCGGCGCGGGCCGUGUCGCCCAUGGUGUGGAUCGACUGCAUUGUUCCUCGCAGCAAGGAGUACCAGAACUUAUUCGAAGGACAAGACGCCGUGCACUACGAUGAAAUCACCGACACGGCGGUGCAGCUUGUUUUCCUCACAAAGUGUUCCGGCCUCGUCGCCAGGCGAGUUGUACGUGUAUGUGCCAUCCAGGGUCAGGACGAGCCAGAACGAAACGAGACGUCCUUGGAAGGAGCAGCUGAUACGAGCCUACACAAUGGGUCAGACGCUGAUCUCACGCAGUGUUUCGAUCACGCCGUGGGCCCCGAGAAGGCGGUGCGCCUGUCCGAUCUGGAGCCAGCCACCACGUAUCAUGCCAGUGUGAGGACAGUGCUCGAAGACGGAGCAACGGUUCAUCAUCGCCCUCUCAUCUUCAAGACUCAAGCGAAAUCAUCGUCCUUCAUUGGCACUCCGUUCAUCGUGUUGUACAUCGCCCUGGUGGUCGUCGCCGUUGUCGCCGUUCUCUCCUGGAAACGUGUAUCGGACUACAUCUCGAUGUACAAGAACACCCCCAUCAAAGUACUCAUCCCUGCAGACUUCGCGAAGGAACCUAUCAAGAAAAGCGAAAGUGUCCGCUCGAACCUACGAGAAUAUGUGUUAGGAAGCAAAGACUCUCCCUAUGGAUUGCCACAGAUUGCACUAAGUGAAGCCCAAAAAGUCGAAGACAUCUCGCAGUGUCCAGAACUUGGCCGUCUAUUCGGCGACCUGUACCAAUGCGAUAGCAACGAAGCCGACGCUGCUGAGACGAGAUCUAUGCCCGAUAAGGGUUUCUCCACGAAUCCACCGGCAGCCGGUUAUUCCCUUGUCUCCACCACCCAGGACGAUCCGCGGCCAGACUCAAACGAUGCCUACUCCAAGUUCUCCACGUUUCAGGAUGCCCCCGAGGAGCUGCCGACGCUUUCCUUGUCAGCCAACUACUCCAGGCUGUCCUCGAUGUUCCUGGGUGGAUUCGGCGCACAGUCUGGAGGCGCCGCACCCUCAGUAGCUGAGAAAAAAGGCUACAGCAAAUUCGCAGCCUUCCUCGGCAAACCGAGCGCCGGCGACGAGAGCGAAUCGGAGCCCUUAAAGCCCCCGGACUGCGCUGUGCCUGUGGAAGUGCCACGUCAGGCCCCUGCAUCCCCUUACGUCCAGGUCGGCGAGAACGGCAUCGACGACGUCGGCGAGGUGGAAGGGCGCAUGCAGCCUUACGCCAAGCUGGGAUGCACGACAUCGCUUCCGUUACGCGUUGUUUCUUCUAGUCAAGGACCACCACAGAAAGCGGAAAGCACUGCCUCUGGUUACACCCCGUUUCCGUCGUUGCUGUCGAUGAGCAAGCCUCGCGAGAGCGCACCGAAGGCUUGCGCAAAAGCGGAGUGUAGCACUGCACCGUGGCGUAAAGACGAUACGGCUGGGCAGAGUCAGCCCGAACAGCCCUACACUCGCGUCGGCUUCGACGCGUGCGCGUUUGAGGGCGCACCUUCCGAAGGCCGAAGCCACUUGGACUCUUACACCAUUCUGAACACGUCCCUAGGGGACGUCAACGACGCCCUGCCGGGAGUUCACUGCGCGCCGCCCUACGUGAAGGCGACGCAAGAGCCGUCGAGGGCGCCACACCACGAGGACCCGUCCCAAGUGAAGAGUGACGCGCCUGCCCCGGCUUACUGCAAAGUUGGCGCCCCAACGGCGUCCCGUAACUGUGCGGACUGUGGCGCGAGUGAAGACUCCGGAACCUGUGCCAAACGGCCGGCGGUCGCAGUGCCAUCGUCCAUUGCCGAGGGUUGCUUCGACGUAGCCGCGCUGGCGCCCCUAGAGUGCCUCGAAGGGAGUGGUGGUGUCGGUGGCCGCGAGGAACCAGCCGCAGAGUGGGAUCUGUGCGCGGAGGAGGCGGCCGACCUCUUGAGUGCCGAGUACUCGGGACCAGCUAGAGAAUCGAUGAGCGCAAAACCGACGCUCCGCAGCGGCGGUUACACGUCGUGGGAAGUGCUGGCGAAGCGAAGGGACUGCGACGCGGAUGCAUUCGCGCGUGCUGUAAAGAACGCGUGAUUCGUGUGUAUGUGUGUGUGGGGGGGGGGGGAGGUUAAGGGGGGGUGCUUGAACGGACGGGUCAUUCCACCGUAAUGCUCUAAACCGCGAGGUGUCGUCCGCUUGGGCGCAUAUGAAGCCUCUCGGGAGCGAACUUCUGUAGUGCGUGCUCCAACGAUGCCUAGAGUGACCUUGUAGUUGCGCAAUGCCGAUUGAGGCAUAAAGGAAGUUCCUACUAAGAUUAAUAGAGGUAAAUCUGGUGCUGGCAAGUCGUUUAAUCGGUCUGGGAAUCACAGGUAGUUGACGAAUUCUAUGUUCGGGCAAAGUUUUGUCGAGAAAAGGCACGGAGAAUUUCUCGCCUUUUUGUUUGUUUUUAAUGUUUCUUUGUGAUCUAGCCUCCCGAUAUUUGUUUUGAAGCGUUUCAGUUUUGAACGUCUACAACCAUAAUAAUUCAUCGUUAUAUUUUCAGUGUAUAACUGAAUACCGAUACUUUAUAGGUUAUGUCACGGAUAUCUUAGGCCUCGUGGAUAAUCCCAUUGAUCAUGGGCACAUCAUUCCAUUUUUUUGAUGCUCUGAACAUUUCCUCUGAGGUUCUGAGGAGAAGCGACUGUACCUAUGUUAACGGAACUAAUAAUUAGCCUAUAACGAAGCUGACACGAAACAAAUAGUUACAGGAACGCACGUGCUUAGGAGAAGCAACAUGGACGUAGGAGCUAAGAAGGUGAAGUUCAAGCUAUUCCCAUGAAACUCCUGUGGUACAUGAACCAGCAUAAAGGUGGUUCCAGCGGUAGAUCGCCAGCGGUAGAUCGCCUCUAGUGGUCUAAGCAUGAAACUCUGUGAGCUGUGGGCAAGGUUGCUUUCCGGGGACAACGUCGGAUUCCUCCAUGUUUGCUCCUUUGAGUCAAUCGGAAAGGAAGAGGCCAUCGUUGGAGCAAAUCGGAGAAAGCAAGAUAGUGAAACCUGACAACAUGGCGGAACGUCUUGUGGUUCAGCAUAGUUUCAUCCCAAAACUUCCAGAGGCAAAUCUGGCGCUGCCAUCGUUCGACUACCAUAGGAAUGUACUGGUGGUACGCGGAUUUGUCAACAAGUAAUCUUCGCGCUUGUUGGUUCAGAUAAUAUUCCAGCUUUACUUCUGAUGUUAUCUUCCCAAAUUUCCAAGCAAUCGCAUCUCUCUCUGUAAGCGCAUGGGGGUAAUAAGUUUCUGCGCGCAUGGAUAAUCAAUCGGAAUUGUUGCAAUUAAAACGCAACAUAAAGAAUUACAAUUUCCAAAGUCACAAAGGAGUUUGAACCGAGAAAGAGUAAGUUUACAGGCAAAUCUGCGCACGACCCGUAAUUCACAUGCAAACUCAGCACCACCCUUGCAACUCCCAGCGUCAUUUGCGCCAGAUUUCGCUCUAGUGAAUUUAGUAGGAAGCUAUGCGGCGUUCAAGACAGCCCCUAGGGCAAGAACGUUUAUCAUAGCGUUUUAGCUUGUCCUUAAACAGAGAGCAAGUCUUACUUCGUCGGCAAUUUUCUUACCGUGUGUGGUUUACCGCAGAACUGUGCGGCUGGAUGGAUGGAUGAUUGAGGCUCAACCCUUUGAAUCGGGCGGCGGAGGCGCGCGCCUGGCAGCGACAUCGUGUAACGCAGGGUUUAACCAGGGAGCAUACAAAGCGAGUACUGCGGUGACCUGCCCUCUCCUACGUAACUGCUGGUGUAAAGCGUUCGCAGCCAGAAGAUUGUUAAAGUACAGUCUAUUUCAUGAUUUUGCUUCGACAAGAACACUGACGUGAUAGAAAUUUGUGAAACGCAUCGUAGUUGGACAAAGCGGCACAAGGUGUCACUACCAGCUUUGCUGCCGCCGCGGCUUCGGUAAUGCGGUGAACCGCAAACGGCCACAAGUUUGCCGACUUGCUAAAUCUACCCAGUGUGCUGCGCUUACCGUGCUACCAGACACGUUUGCGUAAAAGUCCGUGUUGGUGGCGCCAUCUUGUGGCGCAGGCAUUAACCAGGUGGCGCGCAGAGCUAUUACUGCCAUGACCAAUCCUUUUCUACUUAUGUGGAAAGCGUCAGCAUUGGCCUAAUCGUUUACAAGUAGUCCUUCUUCCUUCGACGUGAACAGUAACGCAGCAGAAAAAGAAAAGGUUCAAUUGCGUUAUAGUUUGACAAAGCGUCACAAGAUGCCACUAGCAGCGUUACUACUGCCGCUCCCGGCUUCGGUAUCCCGGUAUUCUGUAAAGGGUACAAUGUUUAUGCAAAAGCCAAAGGUGCUUAAGUUCUCUCCAGUCCGUCCACAUGUCGAACGUUCCGUCAGCUUCUGAUGCUUAUCGUGUCUGCUCGGCAAUUUCCGAGGUGCUAAGUGCCUGGAAGUUGAUAGGUACCUGUCGGCAGUAGAACUGCAUGACGGGCAAAAAAAAAAAAAAAAAAAAGAUACGGGACACAGAAAAAAAUACUCUUCUUCAACGUGCUUCAGUACUUAUAUUUUAUAGAGACUUUCAUUGUGCGAGUGCUUCAUCAAAUCUUAAAUGACUAUUCUGAUGUUCCUUAAGGAAAAUCUAGUCGUUUCAUACACGUCUUUCACAGGACCAAGGUAAAGCUCACUACAUAAUUACAUAUGUCGCAAGUACAAUAGUGUCCUCACGUGAUGACACCGUCCAUUUAUAUUCCAAGGCACAACAUGCCACACUGUAUAUAAAUCGGGGUGCAUUGUAAAUGCAGCAAUAAACUUUUGUCUAACUUUUCGA